GCGUGGAGGCUCAGUGCGCGUGGCUGCGGGCUGUGCCGGUGCGCUCCUAGCGGCAGCACCGUUGAAACCAAAAGGCAGAGACGGAGACGGAGGAUGUUGAACUGACUUCUAUGACUGUACAUUUACUGCGCUAUAUCUCAUGCCAAGCACAUGGGUCUUUUGGGAGCGGGUUCCCUUAGUAAUAAAACAACUUUUUGGGAAUGCAUGAGGGCUGAGGGCUGCUCUGUAGACACACUACCAUCCGUGCCAUGCGUAAAAGUGUGGAGGAACCGCUGAAGAUUUAAAAGGUGUCAGAGACGCGCCUGAAGACGCCGAGGACCUCCGCAGGAGAAGUGCACAACCUACGCUUGUUUUCCAAUGUGGACUUAAAUAUUUCCUCGUGUGAGCGGCUGUGUGAGGUGCAGGUUGUGCAGUAGGUCAUCUCGGACAACACGCACAGAUUGCGGAUGAACUCACGGAGGAAACAGGGAUAAUAUCCACAGAGCCAGAGUUUGGUUUCAAGGUUUGGUGGAUAUGUACAGCCCGAGCAGCUCCGGGUGACCCACUGUUAAAUGGAUCCUCUUACUUUUUGGACACUGAAACUGGCUUUUGUCAGUAACUAGGACCCGUGUAACUCCCUGAGAUCCGGAAUAGACUUGGUUGUCAUUUUGGACAUAUUUUUCUGCAGUGAAUUCGAGGAUUUGCGCGCCAGCCGUGGAUGUUUAAUAUGCUAGUAUGGGUCCGCUAGCGUUCAUCCUUGUUGGUGGAUUACUGUAUUUUCAAGUUGAUGGAUCCCGUCUGCGCCAGGAGGACUCCCCACCCCGGAUUGUGGAGCACCCCUCUGACCUGAUCGUAUCCAAAGGGGAACCCGCCACUCUCAACUGUAAAGCAGAGGGGCGGCCGACCCCAACGGUGGAGUGGUACAAGGAUGGGGAGCGGGUGGAAACAGACAAAGAUGACCCACGUUCUCACCGCAUGCUUCUUCCCAGUGGUUCGCUCUUCUUCCUUCGCAUCGUUCACGGUCGUCGGAGCAAACCGGAUGAGGGAGCUUAUGUCUGCGUGGCCCGGAAUUACCUGGGAGAAGCCGUCAGCCGCAAUGCAUCUUUGGAAGUAGCAUUGCUGCGAGAUGACUUCAGACAGAAUCCCACAGACGUGGUGGUGGCAGCAGGAGAGCCAGCGAUUCUUGAGUGUGUUCCUCCCAGAGGCCAUCCUGAACCCACCAUCUACUGGAAGAAAGAUAAAGUGCGAAUCGAUGACAAGGAUGACAGGAUCACUAUACGAGGAGGGAAGCUAAUGAUCUCAAACACAAGAAAGAGUGAUGCUGGCAUGUACAUCUGUGUGGGCACCAAUAUGGUUGGAGAAAGAGACAGCGAGACGGCACAAGUCACAGUGUUUGAGCGACCAACCUUCCUCAAGAGGCCCAUCAACCAGGUGGUCCUGGAGGAAGAGACAGUUGAGUUCCGAUGCCAGGUACAAGGAGACCCCCAGCCGAAUGUACGCUGGAGGAAAGAUGACAUUGAUGUUCCUCGUGGGAGGUACGAGAUCAAGUAUGACAAGGACGACUACGUGCUGAGAGUGAAGAAGGCUUCCAUCAGCGACGAGGGCACGUUCACCUGUGUUGCAGAAAACCGUGUGGGCAAACUGGAAGCCUCUGCCACUCUUACAGUCAGAGCUCGCCCUGUCGCUGCCCCGCAGUUUGUCAUCCGCCCAAGGGACCAAAUUGUUGCUCAGGGUCGCACUGCCACCUUUCCAUGCGAGACCAAAGGAAACCCUCAGCCUGCUGUCUUCUGGCAGAAGGAGGGAAGUCAGAAUUUGCUUUUUCCAAACCAACCCCAGCAGCCCAACAGUCGAUUCUCAGUGUCGCCCAGUGGAGACCUCACCAUCUCAUCUGUGCAGCGGGCAGAUGCUGGUUACUAUAUCUGCCAGGCUCUGACCGUUGCAGGCAGUAUCCUCGCCAAGGCUCAACUGGAGGUCACAGAUGUGCUUACAGACAGACCACCACCCAUUAUUCGCCAGGGUCCAUCCAAUCAGACACUGGGGGUGGACAGUGUGGCACUGUUGAAGUGUCAGGCAUCAGGAGACCCCAUCCCCUCCAUCAGCUGGCUAAAGGACGGGAACAGUCUGCUAGGAAAGGACCCCCGGAUGUCCCUGCAGGAGCUGGGCAGUCUGCAGAUCAAAAACAUCAAGCUCUCAGACUCUGGGAUCUACACCUGUGUGGCAACCAGCUCCAGCGGUGAAACUUCAUGGAGUGCUUUCUUAGAAGUCAAAGAGUCUGGCGGAGUGGUGGUCAUGAAGAAUCAGGAUGAAAAUGAGCUUCCAGGCCCCCCAUCUAAGCCCCAGGUCACAGAUGUUACAAAGAACAGCGUGUCCUUGUCUUGGCAGUCUGGGAUGGCCGGAGCAUCACCUGUUUCCUCAUUUGUCAUUGAGGCCUUCAGUCAGUCAGUGAGCAACAGCUGGCAAACAGUAGCAGAUCACAUUAAAACCACGCAGUUUACUGUCAGAGGUCUUCGUCCCAACACCAUCUACUUGUUCAUGGUCCGAGCGGUCAACAGCCAGGGCCUCAGCGACCCCAGUCCCAUGUCAGAUCCUGUCAGAACACAAGAUAUAAGUCCUCCGGCUCAGGGUGUUGACCACCGGCAUGUUCAGAAGGAGCUCGGAGAGGUCAUUGUUCGGUUACACAACCCAGUUGUCCUGAGUCCCACAGCCAUCCAGGUCACGUGGACAGUGGAUCGUCAGUCCCAGUUCAUCCAAGGUUACAGAGUUUUAUACCGGCAGACAUCAGGGCUGCCAUCUCCGGGAACCUGGCAGACUCAGGAUGUGAAGGUCCCUUCUGAACGCAGUGUUGUCAUCUCAGCGCUCAAAAAGGGGAUUGUGUAUGAGAUCAAGGUUCGGCCUUACUUCAAUGAGUUCCAAGGCAUGGACAGUGAAUCCAGGACAGCGCGGACUACCGAGGAAGCUCCCAGCGCCCCGCCUCAGCAGGUAACAGUCCUAACCGUGGGAAACCAGAACAGCACUUCCAUAAGCAUCUCCUGGGACCCACCUCCUCCAGACCACCAGAACGGUAUCAUCCAAGAGUAUAAGAUCUGGUGCCUGGGGAACGAGACACGCUUCCAUGUAAAUAAGACUGUGGACGCGGCCAUACGCUCAGUGGUGGUGGGCGGACUGCAGGUGGGAGUGGUUUACAGAGUGGAAGUGGCUGCCAGCACUAGUGCAGGGGUUGGCGUUAAGAGUGAUCCUCAGACUAUUGUCAUCGGUAAGGAGUUUCGGGAUGUGUUUAUACACGGAAACAGGAACAACAGCAUCACAGAACAGAUCACUGAUGUGGUGAAACAGCCUGCUUUUAUUGCUGGGAUCGGAGGAGCCUGCUGGGUUAUCCUCAUGGGCUUCAGCAUCUGGCUCUACUGGAGGAGAAAGAAGAGGAAGGGCCUGAGCAACUAUGCAGUUCAGUCCUUCACCUUCACCCCUGCAGUGACAUUCCAGAGAGUCGACGGUGGUUUGAUGAGUAAUGGAAGCCGGCCAGGCUUACUGAAUGCCAGUGACCCAGGUUACCCCUGGUUAGCGGACUCCUGGCCAGCCACCAGCCUGCCUGUCAACAGCAGCUCCGGAGGCCCCAACGACCUGAGUAACUUUGGCCGAGGAGAUCUUCCCACUGGCCAAGGGGAUAAGACGGGCACCAUGCUCUCUGAUGGAGCCAUCUAUAGCAGCAUAGACUUCACCACCAAAGCCAACUACAACAGCCCUGGCCAAACAUCCCAGGCCACUCCCUAUGCCACGACCCAGAUUCUCCACUCCAGCAGCAUCCACGAGCUGGCUGUGGAUCUGCCUGAGGCCCAGUGGAAGGCCUCCCUGCAGGCAAAGCAGGAGAUGGCCAGCUUGGGCUACUCCCUGCCUGACAAGAACUCCUGCAACAACACCCUCCUUUUCAUUCCUGACUACCGUUUGGCCGAAGGAUUGUCUAAUAGAAUACCACACAACCAAUCACAAGAUUUCAGCACCACCAGCUCUCACAACAGCUCAGAGCGAAGCGGCAGUCUCUCAGGUGGAAAGGGAGGAAAGAAGAAGAAGGCCAAGGCUGGAUCUAAACCCACCAAAGCCAAUGGGUCCAACUGGGCCAAUGUUCCCCUGCCCCCUCCCCCAGUUCAUCCUCUCCCUGGCACCGAGAUGGAUCAUUAUCCCACUGAGCACCAUGAAGGAGGAGGGUAUGAAAGCGACGGUUGGGGCCCGCCCAUGCCUGUGCAGACCUAUCUUCACCAGGGCAUGGAGGAUGAGCUGGAGGAAGAGGAAGAGAGGGUUCCCACCCCACCGAUCAGGGGGGUGGCCUCCUCCCCAGCUGCAGUGUCUUUUGGGCAGCAGUCCACAGCCACCCUCACCCCUUCUCCACGGGACGAAAUGCAACCCAUGCUUCAGGCCCACUUAGAUGAGUUGACGAGAGCAUACCAACUGGACAUGGCAAAACAGACAUGGCACAUGCAGGGAGGCUCUCUUCCUCCCCAGGCUCCAGCUCCUCCAGUGGGAUAUGUGUCGAGCACAAUGGUUUCUGACCUGGAGACUGACCUGCCCGAUGAGGAGGAGGAGGAGGAGGAGGAGGAGGAUGAAGGCUACGGAGCCAGGCAUCCUCGCGGUAUUGAGCACACACCAGGGUCUAGCAUGGACAACCUGGACAGCUCCUUAACAGGAUCCAUGGUGAAUGGUUGGGGCUCAGCCUCGGAGGAUGAGCGUAAUUUCUCCAGCCAUAGGUCCAGUUUGGGCAGCUCAUCUGAUGGCUCCAUAUUUACCCACUGCAGCUUUGCCCAGGCCCUGGUGGCGGCUGCAGACAAGGCAGGCUACCACCUGGAGGGCACCAGCCUCAGCAAGAGAGGUAAAGGCUUGUCCCACAGGCCCCGGCCCAGCAGUCCAUUCUCAACAGAUGGCAGCACAGUCGGCACACACAGCUUGGGCCACCAGAGGGCCACCAGACCCACGCGCAAACCCCGAAGCCAGGGCACAGCACCCCACCGGAGAGAUGCUGGCGCAGACGACCUACCUCCUCCUCCUGAGCCUCCACCCUGUCAGGGCCAGGCCCGUAUACAGGGGGCCCGCAGUGUAACCAGCAUGGCCCCCCCUACAGAUAGGAAGGCUUCAUCUCUAGAGCGCCCCCCUAUGUCAGGACCCCUGUCUGGGCCGGAUGACAUGAAGAGCUCCAUCGACAGGCAGACACGCACGUCUUUGGAUCAUCACCGCCAGGCUCAAGAGCGGCUGGGCUCUGUGGACCGAGCGGACGACGGGCGCCGGGGCCACAAAGCAGAGGACGGGUGUCUACCAUACAGUAAACCCUCCUUCCCCUCCCCAGGGGGCCACAGCUCCUCUGGCACCACUUCCUCUAAGGGCUCGACGGGGCCACGAAAGACCGAAGGGCCACGGCAGCCACAGCAGUGGACGGCUUUAGAGCACGCUGACUUCCUGGGGGCCAACGGACAGGGACAGUACUCAGGAGAGUUAUAGUGAUCUGCCUGCCAUGUGAACUGGAGAAAGCCUGAUCUGUCCUCAGCAGAAUGACGCCCUCAUAGUCGGGGUGAUGAACUUUGUCCUUACCUGUGUGUUCUCAGAGGAAGGCAGAGGGCACUACAGAGAAGCGCAGUGUCAGAGAACUGUAAAUGUGAUGUAUAGACACAAACAUACUGUACAUCUCACUAUGUUUUCGUCCUUGAGAAAAUAUUUUCCACCUCCUACCUUACUGUAAUUUUCUUUUUCUUAGAAAAAGGCAAGUAAAAAAAAAAGAAAACAUCUAUAUGAGAACACAUUUUUCUGGUAACUGCCCUUUGGAAAAAGGGAAUUUUGUUUCCUGUAAAUAUAUUCUUUCACUUGUUGCAUUGGUGCAUUGCUAUGCAAGCCUAAUUCAGUUUGAGCUUUUAUUUCCAUUUACAGGAACAGUUGGUUUUAUCUGGUUAUUUGUAUUAUAUGUGAAUUGAGUGGCUGUUGUGCCAUAAAAUAAUUGUUUUAUAAUCCAUUGUUUGUUAAUAGGUACCAUUAAUUAUUAUCAUUAUUAUUAUUAAUUAUUGUUUUUGCACUGCAAUUUUUGGUGAUAAGCACAAAAACAUAGCUCCUGCUGACAUGAAGAACCGGAAGAAUAUGUGAAGAGGAGUUUCUGUACUGUAAAGUAAAGAGAAGAAAAUUAUAUAGAAAUGUACAGAGAGAUAUUAAAGAGUAAGGCUUUGCUCACAGACAGCAACAAAUAAGGCACCCACUUCCAUAGUCGAGACUAACUGGGUGACAGACAAGGUUACUGGGAGUCUGAAGGGCAGAUACGAGGCUGAAAGGAUCGUACACACAGAGUAGGUUAUUUAAUUCACAAUGAACUGUCCUGAAACAAUAGUUUAUUAUGAAAAUGCGUACAGCCUUGUGUGUUCUGGACAGGUCCAGGCAUUGUCUUGUUUUCAGGAAUAGCUUUGUUUUAUUAUUUUUAUACAAAAAUCUCUAAGCAUUUCAAGCUUUUUUUUUUUUUUUAAUGAUCUACUGCCUAAGUAACACUGAGUUGAAGCUCCACAUCCAGCAGAACAGUAGACUAACUAUAAAACCAUUUAGAAGGAGAAAGAGUCAGUGAAAUCUGUCUUCAGUAAAAACACUUACAGAUUUAGAUUCAUGACUCUUCUUCUGCCUUAAUAGGUAAACUGACAUCACAGACAAACGGAGUAUCAAUCAGUGUUUCUCAUGACAGUACUCCCAAAACUGUCUUUUAAAUAUUAGUGGAGCAGUGUUUGUUUACAUCUUUUUUAUGUCUUUAGAUUCAUCCAUUGUUAAUAUUGUUUUCUGUUUUAGAGCACUUACUGUUUUAUGUUUGUCGUAUUAUCUGCUUUCAAGAAAACAACACAACCCGCCUGUCGGUCCAGCUAAGUGCUGUUAAAUUAGUUGUUUUUAGAUUUGGUGCCUCAGUUACCACAACAGUAUGUUAGCACACUCUUGUAACUUUCAUACUUGAGGAAGAAAAAAAUAGUGUGUGUAUGAUUUACGAUGUAGCUUUGAGUCCCAAACGGUGAAGUGAUAACAGAGAAAAGCCUUGUAUAUUAAUGAGCAGGUCCCACUGCCUCCAUAUCUACAGCCACAGUGUGGAGCAGAACACUUUCUAUCUGCCCGUCCAACACAAACACACACUCGUCAUCUGCCGCUUUUCACUUCUCAGCCUCCGAUUCUCAAUUUCUGUCUUUUCAGACGAUGUUUUUAUUGGUUGUUCUUUUUUAAUGAAAAAGCUUGUUUCUUUGUAUGCCUUUUAUGAAUUUAUGACUCCAAAACGCUGCUUAAAACAAUGUUAAUAUUAAUGUUCAGGAUUUUUGUGGUUCAAUGACUGUUUGUUUCGUCUUUUUUUGUACUGCUAAUGUUGAUAAAGGGGGGUGGAAACUAAAGGCCGUCAGAUGCUGUUGUACUGUUGUCGUCAUGCCAUCAUCAUUUUCUAUCAUCCAGCCAGUGGCCAGUGUUCCGGAAAUGAGGUGCAAAGAGUAUCUCAGGUUAUUUUACAUUCUGGUGGUGUUUAUGUAUGUGUAUAUAUGUGUAUAUAUCCAUAUGCAUCUCCACUUGAUUAUGCCAUUCCAUUUUCAUCGACAAAAAUAUCCCUCUCAUGUCUCAUCCUGUUGUCCUCUCUUUUUUCUUUUCUGCCGUGGAUUUCGAUUCAGAGUAUAAUGUGCUGGUUCAUCCACCUUAAGACAAGAUGUCAGUAAAAGAACAUACCAAAUUAAGAUUGAUAUUUCUAAUGUCUAAUACAUUUUAGUGUCUCUUUAAUACUCAUUGUUUUCUUUUAAAUCACAGUGUCGUUUUGUAUUUAUUAAAAUGAUAAUAAAAGUAUAUUGUGAAAUAUGCAUAAAGAUUUGUGGAAUAUAAAAUGUGUUUUUUGUUCCUUGUAAAAGUUUGCUGUCAGAGCUGAGCAGCACGGCCAUAAGGAGAUGAUAGGCGCACUGUGCUGGCAGCACGGUGAAAUGCUGGGUCAGUCGUCCCCGGAGUCACUCUUUGUCCUGCAUGUUCAUUGCACUGCUCCUCUCAUGUCAAAACUAAAGAAACAUAAAACCUUUUUGAACACAAGGAGCAAAAACGCUCAAAACUUGCUUGUCAUGACAAUAGCGAAAACGUCUUUUUGGAAGGAUGAAAGUACUUUGGCUUUCCCUCUCUUUUGUUCAUUUUCUCAAUAUUGUUGGUUCUUUGUAGCCUAUCUGUGUGUUGCCUUUUUGCUAUAAAAGAGGAUUAAAAAUGACAAAAAGAGAAAGUUGUUGGGUGAAGUCUUUCUGUACAGCAUGGGGUGAGGUAACGCCUCAGUCCAAUGCCAUUUCUACACUACAAUACAUUCUGCUUUUAAUUUUUCCUGUAAACCACUUUCUGUAUUCACUUGCAUGUCCUUGUCCAACAAGAGAGUGGAUCAAGAAAAUAAACUUUUACAGUCUCAUUCCCAUGUCCUGUAAAAUAAAUCCAUGUUCUUUUAUUUCCUUGUACCUGGAUCCAUAUCAAAUAAAAUAUUUUUGAAAAAUGA